AAAGCAUUAACCAAUUCAACCAUUCCUCGAAAUUUGCGAGCUUGUGUAUCCACCAUUAUUAGAUGAAUCUGGAUCAAUUGAUAGCGUCUUCUAUAGAAUCAGUGCUGGAACAGGUCCAUGAAUUUACCUCGCCUGACAAUGUUGCUACCACAGGUGCAACAGUGCCAGCCAUUGAGACACUAACACGAGUCUUCAAACUACCUGGAUUUCUAUUGAGUCUCAUCUCAAAGUAUUUCCUUUACUUAUUUAAUCGAAUCUUUCUUAUUCUCCCCUCCUCAGCGGUUCGGAUUCUUUCAAAGAACUUUCAAAUCACCCUAUCACUUUCAUCUUUAUUGAUCUCGCUCACGUUAUUAAUUGGGGUUUGCUUUUUGAUCGUACGGUACAAGUAUUUGACUGGAUAUUCCAAGAACACAAAGGGUGGGUCCAUUGCAGGCGUAGGGCCCGGUGCUGGCGACUUGGGACUUGCUGAAGGAGGCGCAGGAACAACCUUGACAGACUCGAUCCACAACUCACUUCGGUCAGGGAACUCUUCUUUGGAUUUGAUGAAAAAGAACCGUAGAGGAAGAUCUACAUACUUGGAUGAGUUCCUCAGUGCCAUAAAAGUUUUUGGAUACUUGGAAAGAGCGGUUUUCCAUGAGUUAACUAAAAAUAUGACCACUCAAAGAGUGGCGGAAGACGAGAUUUUACAGUUGGAUGAGAAACGUGGAUUUCUGAUUGUAGUGGAAGGAGUGUUCCAGGUCUACAUAAAGGUCGCAGAUGAGGAUAACAAGCAAUCAGGCUCCCCUGAUUCUGGCGCCUCGUCCACCUUCUCCGAUCUUGAUUACGAGACCGGAGGUGACAUUCUUCGUAUUGGCAAUCUGAGGUAUCAACUUCUAAAUGAGGUGAAAAGUGGGGCCCCCUUAUCUUCCUUGAUGAGUACCCUUGACCUAUUCAAGGCAUCAAAGGAUGAAUCUGUAUCAAUCUUUAACCCAGAUCCCCUCAGUCCAUUUAGAUCGGCGGGUUCUUCAGAAGCAGUUCUGCCAAUUAUUGGUCCACUGGAUGGUCCACGUACUUCUACUGAACUGAAAACGCCCCUUAUUAUUGCGAGACCAAAGGUGGACCGCUCCAAAAACUCGAAAAAGUCUAAGCCUUCACCAAAUUCUUCUGGUUCGUCCUCUUCUGCUACAAUUGCAAUUAUUCCUCGUCAUGCAUUUGAACGUGUUCAGGCUAAAUAUCCAAGGGCAACGUCCCAUAUAGUUACCAUGGUUCUCACGCGACUUUACAAAGUCACCAUGAAUACCAUCAACAAUUAUUUGGGGCUUACGCGUGAGAUUAUAGAGGCAGAAAUUAAAUUGAACAAGGACUGUGAGGCUACUCAAUUACCUAGCUAUCUUAGAGAUGGUGUGGUUGAACGCUUCCAUAAAUCUGAGGUUGAACUUUCCACAAGUGAGGGUGGAAGUAAGGGGAAUUUGAGUGGCUCCAACGCACCUACUUUCCCCACCCGUCCACAAACACCGCCUAUAAUCCAAUCACAGUCUUCCACAAACUUACUCAAUAAACCAAUUAAAAUCGCGAGCCGAAGAUCGACUUCUUCUCGAUACGUUGUACUAGCCUCUCGGUACAAGGCGACUCAUCCAGGCGAUCUUUUAUCCUCGGUACCACUUUCACGAAGAAGUGACUACUAUCAAACCCAUAGCGGCGAGGAAGUAGUUGAACAACCCUCAUCUCUGUACAAGAAGGAUUCGGCUUCCCCUGCAGUUCAAUCAUGCCAUUCCAAGUCUGGAACUCGACUCCCCUCGAGAUCCUUCAAGAAAAGACGCUCAAUUGAUCGAACUUUUUCGUCUGAUCGUGAGGAAACUGAAGAAACUUCCCUACGAAUCGCUAUUGUUGAAAACCUUUUCAAACUAUUGGGAAUAUCCGAGAGAGAGCUCACUCAAUUAAUGGGAACUUCGAAUCCAUCAUCUCGAUCUUCCUCUAUAGUUGGUUUGUCUAGCUUGGUGGCUAGUGCAAGACCCCGUAUGAGUUCUUUCCAUUCUUCCUCCCCUCAAUAUGAUACCAUAAAUGUCUCAGAAGUCAUUGAACAUGAGAGGAGACUAUCUAAUCAUACAUCUCCACGACCAUUCUUGAACGGAGCAUCAUCACCUAAAACCAAUAAAGAGCUUCAUCCAGACUUUGAUUUUGAUUCCGUCAAGGAUGAAUUCUCUCAAGUGAUUCAAAUCAAACAGUAUGCACCAAAUUCCGUAAUUGUCGAGCAGGGGAAGUUUAAUUCUGGAUUAUAUUACGUCAUUGAUGGAGAGUUGGAUGUGAUUCACUUACAAAAGUCUGAUGAUGAAGAGGGUCUGACUACCACUUCUCGAUUGUAUUCCGUUGGACCAGGUGGGUUGGCCGGAUACCUUUCAUCAAUUGUGGGGUUCCGGUCGUUAGUUUCAAUCAAAUCAUCUACAAGUUCCAAAAAUGGUGCUAUUGUAGCUCAUAUCAGUAAGAAAGAUUUUACCAAGCUUACAGAUAAAUUCUACUAUCUUUUACUUCCAGUUGCGCUGCGUAUGAAAGAGCAUCUCUCGCUGAAAAUUAGAACUAUAGACUUUGCUUUAGAAUGGUGUCAUAUUAAAGCUGGUGAUGUAUUAUGUUCCCAGGGUGACUUAGCUAAUGGUUUCCAUAUGGUUUUGAGUGGAAGAUUCCGUGUGGUACGCAAGGAAGGUAAGAAAAGUGAUGAUAACUUGACAAUUCUUGGAGAGUAUGGUCAUGGAACGUCAAUUGGGGAAGUUGAAGUACUCACCGCCUCACGGAGAACAAACUCAUUGAUUGCAAUUAGAGAUUCGGAAACCGCUAGAAUCCCAAGAACUCUUUUUGAAAUGUUAUCCAUUCAAAACCCUUCGAUUAUGAUUAAGGUCUCACGUAUUGUGGCUAAAAAGGUACUUCUGGCAAGUAACAACCCUCUGACGGGCCCAACCACUGCAUAUGUUUCUUCGUCUACAUCUGAUUAUCUCUCAACGUCUUAUAAAACCAUCACUAUUUUACCCACCACCGCGGGCUUGCCUGUUAGAGAGUUCUCGGACAAACUUGUUCAUGCUCUCAGAUCAAUUGGUAGAAAAGUAAUAUCUCUUGACCAAGCAUCUACUUUAACCCAUUUGGGUCGUCAUGCCUUUGAUGAACGCUUGUCACAGUUAAAACUAUCAGGAUAUUUUGCUUAUCUUGAAGAAGAAUAUGAAACAGUUGUCUAUGUGUGUGAUUCUCCAGUGAAGCUGAAUUGGACUCUUACUUGUAUGUCUCAAGGUGAUUGUAUUUUACUAUUAGCAGACGCGGAUGACCAUGAAAUUGCCACUACAAUGGGUGAAUAUGAACGUCUCCUAAUUAAACAAAAGACUACUGCCCGCACUGAACUUUGUUUGAUCCACCCAGAGAGAUAUGUCGCUGCCGGCCUGACCAGUAUUUGGUUGAAAAACCGAAUUUGGGUUCAAGGACAUCACCAUAUUCAUAUGGAAAUGGAUAACGAAGCAAGAAAUGGAGGUAAGUUAUCACGGGGCCGGGUUCCAGGACGUACAUCAGCACUUUUCCGUAAUUUGGCAGCUAAAAUCUCGAAUGAAACAUUUAGGGCUAGAAUCGAUUCUGUUAAAAGUAGAGCGAUUCUGUCAUUUGUUAAACUUAAUAUGAGAUUACAUCACCGAGAAUAUCCAUAUAAACCUUUGGCAUCUCAUAAAAAUGAUUUUUUGAGACUUGCAAGACUUUUGUCAAAUGAAGCUGUUGGGUUAGUCUUGGGAGGUGGUGGUUCACGUGGUAUUUCACAUGUGGGGAUUGUAGUUGCAUUGGAAAAACAUGGUAUUCCAGUUGAUAUUAUUGGUGGUACAUCAAUAGGUUCCUUCGUAGGGGGUCUUUAUGCUAAGGAUUAUAAUAGUGUGUCCAUCUAUGGGCGUGCCAAGAUAUUUUCUCUCAGAGUUAGUUCUCUUUGGAGAUCACUUCUUGAUUUGACUUAUCCCGUGACUUCUUACAUUACAGGAUAUGAGUUCAAUAGAGGGAUUUGGAAAACAUUUGGAUUCGCUGAAAUUGAAGAUUUUUGGAUCAGAUAUUUUUGUAAUUCCACCAAUAUCACGAACUCCACUAUGGAUAUCCAUGAAAAGGGAUAUAGUUGGCGUUUUAUUCGAGCUCUGAUGUCCCUUGCUGGGUUGCUUCCUCCUAUUGCACACGAAGGGUGCAUGUUGCUUGAUGGUGGGUAUUUGGACAAUCUACCAGUAAUGGAAAUGAAAAAGAAAGGUGCUAAGUUCAUCAUUGCGGUAGAUGUGGGUUCAGUAGAUGACAGGACGCCGAUGAAUUAUGGUGACACACUUCUGGGGUUCUGGGUUUUGUUCAAUCGUUGGAACCCAUUCCUGACACACCCAAACGUACCAAACAUGAUGGAUAUUCAAAUGAGAUUAGCCUAUGUGGCAAGUGUCAAUGCGUUAGAAAUAGCAAAAAACACCCCAGGCGUUCUUUACUUGAGACCACCAAUUGAUCAUUAUGCCACGUUAGAUUUUGCCAAGUUUGACGAGAUUUAUCACGUUGGUAUGGAUUAUGCUGACAAAUUGUUUACCCUGUGGGAACAAAAGGGCACCCUUCCAGCAAUUGCAGGAAUGGUGGAUAAACUGAAGGAGAAGGAUCCCCAUAAAUUUUUGCAUAGAAGAAACAGCAUAUAAUGAAAAGAAUAUAUUUAUAUUUAUAUAAUGUUAAAUACAUAUUUACUGAGUCAAUACUUUGUAUGUAUAAAG